CGGAGGCAGGAGGGAGCGGCCGGCGCCGCCUCUCCCCGCCCCCGCCGCGGACGCGCGGACGGGAACCGGCCCGGGCCCCGCCGGCCGAGCGCAGCGAGCCGCCGCCGACAUGGUGGGGCUCGGGCUGGGGCCGGUCGGGCAGAAGCUGCUGCUCUGGGGCGCGGCGAGCGCCGUCUCCCUGGCCGGCGCCACCCUCGUCCUGAGCCUCCUGCGGAUGCUGGCGAGCUACGCGCGGAAAUGGCAGCAGAUGAGGCCCAUCCCCACGGUCGCCCGCGCCUACCCCCUGGUGGGACACGCGCUGCUGCUGAAGCCCGACGGGCAAGAAUUUUUUCAGCAGCUAAUUCAGUACACAGAAGAAUACCGCCAUGUGCCACUACUGAAGCUCUGGGUUGGGCCAGUGCCAAUGGUGGUCCUUUAUAAUGCAGAAAAUGUGGAGGUACUUUUAACUAGUUCAAAGCAAAUUGACAAAUCCUCUGUGUACAAGUUCCUAGAACCAUGGCUUGGCCUAGGACUUCUUACAAGCACUGGAAACAAAUGGCGGUCCAGGAGAAAAAUGUUAACACCCACUUUCCAUUUUACUAUUCUGGAAGAUUUCUUAGAUAUCAUGAAUGAACAAGCAAAUAUAUUGGUUAAUAAGCUUGAAAAACAUGUUAACCAAGAAGCAUUUAACUGCUUUUUUUACAUCACUCUUUGUGCCUUAGAUAUAAUCUGUGAAACGGCUAUGGGGAAGAAUAUUGGUGCUCAAAGUAAUGGUGACUCUGAGUAUGUCCGUUCAGUUUAUAGGAUGAGUGAUUUGAUAUUCCGAAGAAUGAAGAUGCCCUGGCUUUGGCUUGAGUCUUGGUACCUUAUGUUUAAGGAAGGAUGGGAACACAAGAAGGGCCUUAAGAUCCUGCAUACUUUUACCAACAAUGUCAUCGCUGAACGGGCCAAUGCAAUAAAGGCAGAUGAAGAAGGUAAAGGUGAUGACAAGGGCUCUGUCCCCUCCAAAAAUAAACGCAGGGCUUUUCUUGACUUGCUUUUAAGUGUGACCGAUGAGGCUGGAAACAAGCUAAGUCACGAAGCUAUCCGGGAGGAAGUUGACACCUUCAUGUUUGAGGGUCACGAUACAACUGCAGCUGCAAUAAACUGGUCCUUAUACCUAUUGGGUUCUAAUCCAGAAGUACAGAAAAAAGUGGACAGAGAGUUGGAUGAAGUGUUUGGGAAGUCUGAUCGUCCUACCACCGCAGAGGACCUGAAGAAACUGAAAUACCUGGAAUGUGUUAUUAAGGAGACCCUUCGCCUUUUUCCUUCUGUUCCUUUAUUUGCCCGUACUCUUAAUGAAGACUGUGUAGUGGCGGGUUACAGAGUUCCAAAAGGCACCGAAGCCGUCAUCGUUCCCUAUGCGCUGCACAGAGAUCCAAAAUACUUCCCCAAUCCUGAAGAAUUCCAGCCAGAACGCUUCUUUCCCGAGAAUGCACAAGGACGCCAUCCGUACUGCUACGUGCCCUUCUCUGCAGGGCCCAGGAACUGUAUAGGUCAAAAGUUUGCCAUAAUGGAAGAAAAGACCGUUCUUUCCUGCAUCCUGCGGCACUUUUGGGUAGAAUCAAACCAGAAAAGAGAAGAACUAGGUCUGGCAGGACAAUUGAUUCUUCGUCCAUGUAAUGGCAUCUGGAUCAAGUUGAAGAGGAGAAAUGCAGAUGAAUCCUAACUAUGUUAUUGGAUUGUGCCUUUAUCAUGAAAAAGAUCUUUCCUUAAGAGAUACUUGACAUUUACAAUGUAUAGAUCAUGAGCUCAAUAUUCUUAAAUCCCUGGGCCUAAUUUUUUCUUGUCUCCACUGAUCUUGGGGUCAAAUCUACCAAACAGAAAGUCUUUAUGUUUUCAUCACCAUCAUAGAUGUUACAUUUGGGACUUGGUCCCAAAAGUAGGUAGAGUUAACUGAGUCAGUACCCAAAUCAACAUAUAACAAGUCUCUCAAGAGAGGGAGCUACAGGCCAAUUCAACUUCAAUUUAUAGACCCAAGGGAUAUAAUCUGAAGUUCCAGAAUUUUUUAAAGGCAUUCUUGUUGACUCAGGAAUACAUAUAUGUAUAUAUAUAUAUAAAAUCUCAUAAUUUGAAAAGCGUUGAGUAAUCAAAUACUUUGAAUUAAGGGUGUUAAGUUUUUUAGAUUGUGUCAGUGGCAUCAGUCAUGAGAAGAAUAUUAUAGUACUUUUCAGAUUUUAUCACCCGGAGCAGAACAUUCACAAGUUGACUCAUAGGUUCUGUUACACUUUCCCUCUCGACUGUUUGCUUAUAGCUUUCGUUUCAUUCUUUGUAAAAUCACAAUUAUUUUUAUAAGUCACAUGUUAUUGGAAGAGAUUCCUCCAAUCUCUCAAGUGCCUCAUAGGGUUUGAUUAUUGGCUUUGGGGACUAGAGAGACCUUUGGGCUUACCUAGUUAUGCUCCAUAAGGGAAUGGAACCAACAAGAAGGUAAGUUUCUGCCCAAAGUCAUGUUAUUAACUGGUGACAGGGCUGAAAAUAGAUAGAUAUCUAUACUGUAAAUCUCUCCACUCUCAUUCUGAUAUACUUUCUACCACAAUAUGCUAUUGCUUUGUGGAACUCAGGUCUAUGACUAGGUGUGUCAUUAGAACACAGGUCUUCUGCCUCUGAUUUAGGCACAUUUCUUCGGGAAUAGUUCCAUUGUUAAAGGAAAAAAGAAGCCAUUCAUCUGUAUUCAGUAACCCAGUGAUAUCUCACUUCUGGGUGAGAACUUUAGUUAAUUCAAUCCUCCAGAACUUACUUCUUAUAUCAAGCUGAUAACUGACACACAUUCCUUGAAUUUUAAUUCCAUAGACAAUACCUCUGCUCCCUUAGUGAUGUUUAGAAACUUCUUUUAAUAAUUUAAACAAGUUUUUUUGUUUUCAAUUUUCCCAAGGUAAUAGCAGAUAGAAGCAACAAGUCAAGAGGGUAGAAUAUGUAUUCUUCUAUGGAUAUCAAAGGAAAAGUUUACGAAACCAAAGACAUUUGGCAAACAAUACAGCCUGGGCCAUUUAGGGUGGGACCAGUAAUUGUACCUACUUAACUAUCCCAAAGAGCCCCAGUGCAUACAACCCUGUCCCUAAGCUGACGAGAAAAAGUCAAGGAAGGAGGGUUAUACAAUGGGGAAAGAGUCCCAUCAAAUGGUUAAUCUUGUUAUCUAGAAAAUGGAUAUAUGUAGAUCUCUUUCUCAGGUGAUUUUACAUAAUUGAAAUUGCAUUCAUGGAAUCUGGUAUUAUUUCCUAAUUUUUUGCACUUAUAUUUAACACUUGACUUUUUUAUUUUUUGUGACCCUAUAAUGUUAUCUUUUGGCCUAAGAUCUUCAUUUGGUCCCAGAAUAAUUUGUUAGUCAUAUUUUAAUUGGUAAUUCAUUUAAAUUGUCUCAGAGUAGGAAUUGAAAAAUUAUUAUGUCAUGUUCUGCAGUACUGAAAUGCAGAUGCUGAUUUUUUAAAAUAAGAAGAUGAUCAAAUAUCUGUUUGUGUCCCCAUUAUUUGUUAGUGUCCCUAUUAUUUGUCUUGCUCCUGAUUAAAAGAGGUAUCUCAAGAAAAACAAAUUACAUUUUAGAUGUGGGUGCUACAUUUUAUUCUCAGAAUUUAUGUCAGUUUGAAGCAUAGAUAACUUUUAAAAAUACAUCAGCGGGUGGCUGAUUCAUAAUGGGCAAUAAAAAAUAGCACUUUUGAAUUGAUGUCAUCAGUGACACUCAGAUUUUUUAAUGAAAGUGUUCCUGUGCCAUUGACAUAGACUGAUCGUGAAUGUCCCUGACUCUGAAGAAUACAUUAGAGGAGAAGUAGAAUCACCAGAGCAUUUUACUCAACUGAUAGCAGAAAGUGAAAUCUCUUAGGGCUACUCGGGAAUCAGCAAAACCCACAAGCAUCACUGGGUCCCACAGACUGAGAGUCUAGAAACCGCGCCAGGUGAUGGACUGUUGAGUUGGUGCUGUAUUUAUUGUCACGGACAGCUGAAGAAUGUCGAUUUCUGGACCAACUGACCUCUCUCACAAUUAAGAGACAUAGGUCUUCUCUUUGUGCUGGUCACAAAAAGAUCAAUUUUUAUCCUGGACUGUAUCUAGAAGAUCAAAAUGUCUUUCUAGCAUCUAAUGAGAUGCCUGAUAGAAACACUGAAAAUUUUUUAGUCUGCCUAGAAACCCCCUUAUACUAGAAACAUCACCCUUUUAUUUUUGUAAUUAUCCUAUGAUAAAUUCUCCCAUUUUCUUCUGUUCUCAUUCUUUUGCUUCUCCAUCAUAUACAUACUGUACAGAUGUGGUUCUAAUUGGAGCUGCCAUGUUCUUAGGUGAUCUCACAAAUGGGGUCAAAUCGGAGUUCACCCCUUGGAUUUUCCCAGCUGGAAAUGGAGAAGAGACAUGGUUAAUCUCCUUUGGUGGAAACGUCAGGCUGUGAGGCUCGAGCUCAAUCAGCAGAUGAACCUCUGCAGCAGCUGCUAGGAGGGGAAACAAAGGGGAUGAACAGAGAAGCAGCAGAGAAGAAACAGCAUCCUGGAGGGGUCUGAGCCCCCUGUUCCAGAUGGGGCUGAGGCUCAGCUGCAUGUCUGCCCUGCCCACGGUUUCAUUGGCCACCUUACUUUGGAACCCAAGAGCCAGUAUAUAGCCAUUUUGCCUGAGUUGAUUGUCUUUCAGUUAUAACCAAAAGCGACUUGGUGUUUCUCAGGUCAUCUUCAGGAUGAAGAAAGAGCCCUCAUUCUUUGGACAUGAUCUAUUUUCUUUGUGCUGGUCAAUAACUCUGGCCAAGACUGGGUUAUCAGCACUUAUGUCUACUAGCCAUUUAAAUGCAAUAGCAUUUGAGAAAAUGCUAUUUUCUGUUCUAGAUGGAAAAUCAAAGUUACAGGGCUUCAUUUUAGAAUACAGCUAGAUUUAGCCAAACACCUCAGUCUAGUUUCUUGUCCUCACCUUGAUGACUCCCCACGCUAAUUGUCAUUUUUCUCCUUCUCUAAUUAAACCAAAUUCAUUCUGGCUUUCCUUCUAGCUUGCUGUAUUCCAAAUUUAGGGACAGAUCUCCCAUCUGUAAUUACUAACAAUGGACUGGUUGCAUUUCCUCCUCAGUUUCUUGUCCAGAAAUUUACCAAAUGGCUAUUUCUUUGGGCCAAAUUCAAUUUCUGAAUUAAUUCCAGCCUUUAGCUGUUUAUCCUGUUCUUUCAAUCCUAGGAGAUACAUUUUUGGCACUUUCUUUCUCCUUCCCGUCAUUAUCUCUCUUUUUUACCCAUCACUUUCUUUUUGUUGAGGUCUACGUUUAUUGAUCCCUGUCUUUCCUGAUACUAGUCAACUUAUGUUUCAUAGAAAUAAAGGCUAUACUAAAGUAAAACUGAGAUUCCUAUAUAAAAAUGUCGUGAUAACUUAUUUUCUUCAAUAAGGGACAUAUAGACAGUACAGAGCUUAUCAGGAAGUAAAGUAAUCACAAUCUUUAGACAUGAUUGUCUUAUCUCUAGAAUGUUUUAAGCUUACUUUCAAAUUCCAUAUAUAGUUUUAAAAUAUAUGUUUUAGCCCAAUGGUAAAGAAUAUUAGACACAGGAGUUUUUCCCACAGGUGUGGGAAAGAGGUUAACUUUUUUUUUUUUUUUUUUCUCUACUUACAAGCUUUGCCUCCUUUCUGGCUCAAGUCAACCCCGGUUUUAAGUUUUAUGCUUAUGGACAUACAGUAAGUUAAGACAUUUAAACCACUCAGGCACAAUUAAGUUUUUCACAUGGGCACAUCUUCCCAGGAGUGGGAUUGUACUUCAGUCUUUCAAGCUUUCUUUGCCUCCAUCAACUGUGACUACGAUCAGUAAUGCUUGAUGUUGCAACAAAUAUUGGUUUGCCACUAGCAAAAGCAACGUUGUUUUGGAAAACCAAGGACUGCAGUAUCUCAUUUUGAUGCAAUUGGAUAGACCCUCAAGAGAACAUCUGCUCCCAUCAUAAAACAUUUCAGCAGAACUAGGACCAAUCAGGAUUAGUCCAACAAUCAUUUUCAGUGUCAUCUAAGACCAGCAGCUAACAGCUUACAAGUGGGAUUGUGAUGUUACUGUGUGAAUGGGAUGGUCCACAAUUGGGAUACAAGGACAUUCCUGUCCUCAAUCUGUUGUUUUUCUUUUUAAAGAACAUUUACUUAUUUA